AUGGCAUCACCUUCAAGUGAUGUGGCUAAAACUAUAGUAUUGAUCGGAAAAAUAGGUAAUGGGAAAAGCGCAACAGGGAAUAGUGUUCUUCGAAGAAAGGCAUUCAAGUCAAUGUCCAGCUCUACUCGUGUUACCAACACUUGCGAGAUGCAUACAACAACUUUACUGGAAAAUGGGCAGAAUCUUGUUGUGGUUGAUACCCCAGGAUUGUUUGAUUGUUCGGCUGAACCUCAAUUUAUUGGAAAGGAAAUUGCUAAAUGCAUCAAUUUGACAAAGGAUGGUAUCCAUGCUAUUCUUCUCGUGGCAUCAAUUAAAACUCGCAUUUCAAAAGAAGACGAAGAAGCUGGUGUGUUGAUGUUGCGGUCAUUUUUUGGCCCUAAAAUUACUGACUACAUGAUUGUAGUUUUCACUGGUGGUGAUGAUCUUGAAGAUGAUGAUACUCUUGAUGAUUAUUUUGGUCGCAAUUGCCCCCAACACUAUAAGGAAACUCUGAGAGUGUGUGGGAACCGGCACGUUCUCUUUAAUAAUAAAAUAAAAGAUGAACCUCAAAAUUUUGAACAAGGGAAGCAACUUCUUGCCUUAGUACAAGCAGUUGUAAAUAAAAAUGGUGGAGAACCGUAUAUGAGUCCGCGAUUUGUUGAGUUGAAGGGAGGAGCAACAAGCGAAUUUUUUUAUGAUGCUCCAGCCGUUAAAGUUAAUUCCGAAGAGGAGAAAUUUAAAUUGAAGGAGGAGCUACACAAGUCAUAUGAAGAACAGCUUAAGAGAAUAACCGAGACGGUUAAUUUGAAGCUAAAAGAGAGCUCUGAUAAGCUCGCACAACAAAUAGCAGAGCAGGUAAAUGCUCGACUCAAGGCAGAAAUUAUGACACUUUCCGCUCAAGUGAAAUCAAAUGAUGAAAUGUAUAAGAUGAGAUUGGAGUUAUUAGAGACUGCUCAUCGAAAGGAGAACGAGAAACAGAGGCAGCAACGACAUCAAAUAGUAGUAAGCCCAUGCGCUUUAUUAUCUGUUAUUAAUAAGAGUAUAUAUAUGCUUUAA